UUUUCCUUUAAUAAUUCCCAUUUCCUGCCCUCUGUUAAGAAUAGAUUAGUGGGAGUUCGCCCCCUCAAUUCCUCUUCCAUUUUGUCAAUUCUCAUACCCCUUAAUCAUACAAGUGAUUUUUAGUCUCCAACACUUUGAAUUCCCAUUCCUUAGUUCAACUUCCCUCGAACCAAACAGGCUGUUAGAGUCGCUCGGUUGCUCGUAGCAACGGUUUACACAUCCCCGUCGCUCAGCGCCUCAGCCUACGCGCACGAACAGAAAACAAAGACACACACUGCGCUCCCCGUCUCCACAUGUCAAACAGAGCACGGCCGACACAGUCCAGAUACCAAGAAGCCAGGCCGUCGCCGUAGCUAUGAUGCCACCCGUGGCCGUCGCCCUCGCGCUCCUCGCUGUCUGGGCGCUGCAGCCCCGGGCCGCGGUGCAGGCGCAGGUGUCGGCGGCUCCGGCGGCGGCUCCGGCGUCCAGCUGGGGGGAGCUGGACUGCACGGGCGCGCUGCUCAACCUGUCCUCCUGCCUGACGUAUGUGGAGUCCGGGAGCGCGCUGACGCGGCCGGAGAAGGGCUGCUGCGGGGCGCUCUCCGGCGUCGUGGACGGCGAGGCCGCCUGCCUGUGCGGGCUCGUGGGCGGGUACGGGUCCUUCGGGGUCCGCGUCGACGCCGUGCGUGCGCUCGCGCUGCCCACCAUCUGCCGCGUCGAAGCGCCGCCGCCCAGGCUCUGCGCCAUGCUAGGUUUGCCCGGCGCGGAGCCGCCGGGCGGCGCGGUGCCCCCGGCGUCAGGGUACGGCACGCCGGCGACGACGCCAGCAACGUCAGCAGCGAACGGCGGCCCCGCGACGCACCGGAGCCGAAGGCGUCACCUCCUCCUCGUGCUCCUCCCGUGCUGCGCCGCGCUCUUCACGCUGCUGCCGUAAUUCCCAAGCACGCACGGGCGACGGGGGCAGCCCCCGUACCCAUCCCACAUCAGUACAUCUGUACAUGUACACACUGCGUGCACGCAUCAAUCAAAUCGAUUCAAGUCCAGCAUAGCAUCGGCCGUGUA